CGCGACAAGAUGUACGAGGAGACGUCCAACUGCAGGAGGAACCUGACCAAACUGUCCCUGCUGUUCAGCCACAUGUUGUGUGAGCUGAAGGCCCUGUUUCCCGACGGCAAGUUCCAGGGUGACAGCUUCAGGCUCACCAAGACAGAAGCAGAGGAGUUCUGGAGAGGCUCUUUUGGGAAAAAGUGCAUAGUGCACUGGACCGCUCUCAAAGAGCAGCUCAGAGCGGUCCACUUGUUUGAGGAGGGGAUGGAGUCCAUGGCGCUGAAAUCUACGGUAGACCUCACCUGCAAUGACCACGUCUCCGUGUUUGAGUUCGACAUCUUCACCAGAUUGUUUCAGCCCUGGAGAUCACUCAUAAGGAACUGGAACCAGUUGGCAGUGACACACCCGGGCUACAUGGCCUUCCUGACCUACGACCAGGUCAAAACCCGCCUGAUGCACUACCUACACAGGCCAGGGAGUUACAUCUUCAGGUUGAGUUGCACUAAGAUGGGCCAGUGGGCUAUUGGUCAUGUGACCAAAGAGGGGGAUAUCAUUCAAACUAUACCACAGAACACACCUCUCUACCAGGCACUCGUCAAGGGUUUCAAGGCAGGAUGCUACCUCUACCCAGAUGGGCGGGACGUGAACCCAGACCUCACUGGUCUUUGUGAGCCCACCCACAGGAGCAGAGUGGGAGUUACAGAGGAGCAGUAUGAGCUGUACUGUGAGAUUGGCAGCACCUUCCAGCUCUGUAAGAUCUGCACAGAGCGGGACAAGAACAUACGCAUACAGCCCUGUGGCCAUCUACUCUGCCAGCCCUGCCUCACUGCCUGGCAGAAAUCGGACGGCCACACCUGUCCGUACUGCCGCUGUGACAUCAGAGGGACCGAAUCCAUUGUCGUCGACUGCUUCAGGCCAGGAGGCUGGGAGGAAAAGGAGGAUGGGGAGGUGGAGGACGAUGCUGAGGACGAUCAUGAGGACGUGGAGUUGGUGAUGAAGGAGGUGGCUGCCCUGAGGAAGCUAUCAAGUAAGGAGCACCGUCUGGGCCCCCCAACCGUGCCUCUGAAGCCGGUCGGGGUCCCUGGUGUCCCACCCCAACUGCCUAACCGCCGCCCACUAACACCCCCCCCAAACCCCCCCGACAAGCGCACUCCCUGGCGGCUCAAACUGGUAAUCACGCAACAACAAAGCACUUGCCUCCAGCCAAAAACACAAGUCAACAGGGGGAGCCAGAGAGUAGCGAGGAGGAGUCAAGCAGUGGCCUGCGACCACCUAAGCCACACCCACGUUCUCUCAGUAUGGAAUGCCUUAGAGACACACAGAAACCUAAGUCGAAAAAGGGUGAAAAGGGUGAAGCAGUAUGGCAAGUUUCUGAUCUGGACACAGAGUACCCGUCUGUGAGAGGACGAGGGAAGAGGAGAGAAGAGCUAAAGCAAGAGGCCUCGCCACAGAAAGAGGUGGACAGAACCAUGUACACGUGACCCUUCUUUUUUUAUUUUAUAUGAGAAGGGGGAAGGCACUGGUUACUCCAUCACUGUAAUUGACCAAGUGUGUUCCUUAUAGUCAUAAGCAACAGAUAUAGAUAAUGGAUUGUAUUUGGUGAUUACCCAAUCCGUGCAUUUUAAUAGCUAUUUGGUAACUAUAGCUUCCUCUUCCAUUAGAUACAAAACUCAUUAAAUGUUUUGAACCUUUAAUUUGUACGUGUUCUUCCCUUGCUGCCAAUAGAGAUGUUUUAUUAAUACAUUUGUGACCAGAUCAUAAUGGGAACAUUAGUUCAGCUAAUGUGGAUUAUAAAACUGCUGUUAUGUGCUACCUCAUCAUCUUGUAUGAUAAUCCAUUGUGAUAAAAUGUAAUUUAACACGUUUGUACUUUUGAUUAAAAAAGCGGAUGUA